AUGCCAAGAAUAUCUUAUGGUGAGCAGAAAUAUCAAGAGAAAAGUAGACAUCGCAGGGGACUUCAGAAAACCAAAUACUACUGCCAGAUCUGUCAAAGACAAUGCAUUGGGGAAAAUGGCUUUAAGUGCCAUAUUCAGUCGGAUUCACACAUCAAAAAACUUAAAGCAAGCCUGGAAAAGGUUCAUGGAAACUCAGCAAAGCUUGUGGAAGGGUAUUCGAAUCAGUUCCUACAAGAUUUCUUGGCACUACUUCGAAAGACACACGGUGAAAAGCAGAUUUCAGCAAAUAAGUUUUACCAAGAAUAUAUUCUGAACAAAGACCAUCUACAUUUAAAUUCUACAAAGUGGAACAGCCUCACUUCUCUUAUAAAUUUUCUUGCGGAGAAAGGCUGCUGCAAGGUCGAGGAGGAAGCUGCAAACGAAAAUGAUGAAGAAGCGGAGAAAAGAUAUACCAUUGCAUAUCGAGAUAUGAAUGGAAGAAAACCAGUAGAGGAACGAGCAAAGAAUAGAAAACUCGGAAAGACAAAUGCAAGCAAGAGUACAAACCGACUGCUAGAAGAACAAAUAAGACGAGGUCAGGAGGCCAUAAAAAGGCAGGAAGAAAUGAAAGCAGAAGAAGAAAAACAAAUUGGACAUGUUGAACGUCUGAAAAAAGAGAGUGAAGCACGUGGAAAAAUACGAAUAAAGCUUUCGGCGAGCAAAAAAACAACAAAGAUGAAAGGAAUAAGUAAGACAUCGUUGAAGGUGAGUUCGAAGAAUAUCUUCAAAAGAACGAGGAGCUAA